UUUUAGGUUAGGAUUAAGGGAUGGAAGAAAAAAAGCAGAUAAAAUUUCUUUGUGUAGAUGGAAGUAAACAUAGCGAUUUGGCUUUUGAAUGGUUUUGCAAACAUGUGUACCAUGAAGGUGAUAGGGUUGGCGUGAUUCACGUACAUGUUUUACCAGAUCUGCCUUCUUUUGGAAUGUAUGCUGGCGGUUAUGUUGUGACUGAUAUUUAUCAAGAAACAGUUCAACAAAGUAUUGAUGAAAGUAAAAAAACUGUCAAAAAAUAUCGAGAUUUGUUCAGGGAGAAAGAUAUUACAGCUGAGAUAUUUAUUGAAAGCAUGGCAGAUUCUGUUGGCCAUACAAUUUGCAAGAUUGCAGAAAAAGAAAAAGGAUUACUUCUUGUUGUUGGUCAGCGUGGUUUAGGCCUAGUUAGGCGCACUCUCUUUGGCAGCGUUAGUGAUUAUUUAAUACACCAUGCUAAAAUGCCAGUCAUGAUUGUGCCAACCUUUGAAGAAGAUGAAAAGUGAAAUUUAGAUAGCUUAUUUGAUGAAACAACUAAUAUAUAAAUACAUGUAUACAUAUGCUAAAACGAUAUUUAGAAAUGUUUCUAUUUAAACUAAGUUGUUUUUAAAUUAUUAUACAAAAACCGUAGGAAGUCUUAGAAAUUCAGUGCUAAGUUACAUUUGAUUGCUUCUAAAAUUCAUUGCUUGAAAUGAAAUUUUUAUAAAUACUUUUGUGGAAACUAAGCAUUAUGAUUUUAUUGAAUAUUUUAAGUAAUUAUAUUAAAGUGAAAUAAUGAAUGUAUUGGGAUUAUAGGUUGUAUAAAUAUAACUAUAGGAUGUAUUUGUCUGCACAUUUGCAUUUUUAUGAAGCACAAGUGAAGAAUUUUUGAGUUACGCAAACUUUUUUAUUUGUAUAUUCUGUGUCAUAAUGAUUUUUGUUGAAGUCUUAAUAUAUAUUAUUAAAAGUAGUAUAUGAGUA